AUGUCUACAUCGAGCCUCAAGUAUACCUCCAAGCUCGCCAACCAACGGGUCCUGAUCCUUGGUGGCAGCUCAGGAAUUGGCUUCGCCGUUGCAGAAGCUUCCAUUGAGUAUGGUGCCCAGGUCAUUCUCUCAAGCUCCAGCCAAAGCAAACUCGAUAAUGCCGUCGCCCGCUUGCAAGCAGCCUAUCCCACCCAGACCUCAACAAACCCUCUCAAGACCCACGUCUGCGACCUCUCCGACGCUGCCAAUCUCGAUGCAAACAUCGAGAGCCUCUUGCAGGCUGCUACGAAUAAUGGCACACACAAACUCAAUCACGUCGUUACCACAGCAGGAGAUGCGCUCAAGAUCCCUGCUCUCAAAGAGAUCGACGCCCAAAAAAUCUAUAGUGGUAUGAACGUACGCCUCGUUGCUCCGGCCGUGAUGGUCAAGUAUCUUCCCAAAUACAUGGAUUCGUCGCCUUCAAACUCUUUCACUUUGACUAGUGGUGUGCGAAGCCGCAAGCCUGCGAAGGGUUGGUCUAUCAUGACCGCUGUUGCCUCAGGAAUUGAGGGACUUGCACGUGGAUUGGCCCUCGAGCUAGCUCCUGUGCGAGUCAAUACUGUUUCACCUGGUGCUGUGAAUACGGAAAUCUUUUCGUUUGUCCCGAAGGAGGCGUUGGAUGGUGUGCUGCAAAAUUUUAGGGAUCAGUCGACUACUGGAACCGUGGGGAGACCUGAGGAUUUGGCGGAGAGCUAUAUCUACGCGAUGCGGGAUCAGUUUGUGACAGGAUCGAUUAUUGAGUCGAACGGUGGAAUUUUGUUGAAGUAG